AUGCUAAAUCGUGCUUUACGUACUGUUGAAAUUGAUCUAAUUAUCAAAAUGGCUUUUUUCGUUGAUAGUCUUCAUCGAAAUAUUGAACAACUUCAUUUGGAACAAUCGAACCAUCACGAAUUACAAUCAUUUAUUGUUUAUCGAGGACAAGGCAUUGCAAACAACGAAUUUGAGAACAUGAAGAAAAGUCAAGGUAGUCUUCUCUCUUUUAACAACUUUUUAUCGACCAGUACUGAUCGACAAGUUUCGUUUCUCUUUGCUGAUGCUGCACGAUAUAAUCCUGAUUUAACAGGAAUUCUCUUUCAAAUGAUUAUUGAUCGAUCGAUUUCACCGGCUCCUUUUGCUCGAAUAGACGAUGUCAGCUACUAUCAAAAUUCAGAACAUGAAAUUCUAUUUUCCAUGCACACUGUCUUUCGUAUUGAUGAAAUAAAACCUAUCGAAGAAGAUAAUCGACUGUGGCAAGUCAAACUACAUUUGACAAGUGAUAGUGACCCACAACUCAAAACUCUUACUGAACAAAUACGAAAAGAAACGUUUGAAGAAUUACCAGGGUGGUAUCGACUAAGUCAAUUGCUAAUUAAAUUGGAGAAUAAACGAGCUAACAAUCAAUGGGGAGAUUUUACUAAUCUUGACAGCAAAAACAUUCGUCGUGUAUUUAUUCGAAAGGUCUUUGCAAUUCUUAUGGUUCAAUUAGCGAUUACAUUUGGUAUUAUUGCAUUAUUUCAUUUUACACCAGUAAUUCGUGAAUAUGUACGAAGUCCACAUGGUCGAUGGCUUUAUUUCACAUCUUAUGUUGUUUUUCUCGUUAUUUAUUUUGUAUUGAUUUGUUCAAAAAAAGCAGCAAGAAAAUAUCCACUUAAUCUUAUUUUACUGGGCAUUUUGACAUUAUCAAUGGGUUAUAUGAUGGGUACAAUUUCUGCAUAUUAUAAAAUUGAAUCAGUUUUAAUUGCUGUUGGUAUAACAGCAUUUGUUUGUUUGGGUGUUACAUUAUUUUC